AUGACUAGUACCGACGAUUGGUCGGGCGUGCCGGUCCUCCAGGCGCUCGCGAACCUCAACCAGGAAAUCGUGCAGUGUGUGCCCGCCGUCGCGAAGGAUCGCGACAGGGAGACCAAGAGGGAGCACGCGCAGGACGCGACGCUGGUCCUGUUCGCGCUGCACGCGUGGGUCGUGUGGGGCGUCACACGGGUGACCGCUCGCGUCUUGCUGUUCGCUCGCGACGUGUGGGACACGCGAGACUCGCCAGUCGGAGAGCUCUCGGUGCCCGUCCCUGACUCGUUCAGUGGCUUUUCCCCUAGCCCACAUCCUGUCGCACAGCGUGUUUGGGACCACGCAGAAUCGUACCUCGGUCGAUCGGUACUCGAGUACUGA